GAGAAUUUUCAAGAACAUCUGAAUUCAUUGCGUGGAAUAAAACGUCUAUAUAUAGUAUCAACAAAAGCUAUAUAUAGUCUUCUAGACCCGCAGAAAAUAAUGUUUUUGUAUUCAGCUUGGAUCUACUAGUAAAAUUACGAGCACACUAUUUUUUGUCACAAGUUUAGGGAAAUAAAUUGUCUACUUGUGUUAUCACUAGUAUAUUUCAUUAAUCGGCAUUAGUUCCUUUGUGUUAAGGUGGACCUCUAUUUAUUACAUUCAUAUUUUAACAUCCUUGGCCACACCAUGAUCCCAAAGAGCCGGACACGUUUGAUAUUGAAAAAGAAACUUAGAUUGUGUCUGUCAAAGAAACAGUGACAGACUAAUUUCCCGUAGAUUUCUAGACUACACAAUCAAUCAUGGGAGACAUCAAUUUAGCUAGACUGUGUAAGGAGGCUUACAAGUUACAAAAUGGACAGGAUUUGAAUUACAACGUAAACUUUGCAAGGUUAAAGCUGAAGGUGGCUGAACGUCCACCGAUUCGCUGGAUCAAUUCCAUACCAGACGAUGGCUGCCUGAAAAAGUUAAAAAGAAAUGUGCUAAUAUCAUGUUCAACAAAUGCCAGCAGAAGCAACACAACUGUGACUGUGACCAAACACCCCAAGAACGAUCUGGUUGCUUCAGUUACUAGAGGACGGGUUUUUGGGAUAGAUAAGAGUGUCAGGCUGAAGUUGCCUAACAACUUAGAAGUGGAGCUGAACCCUAAUGGUUCAUUUGCGUCCAUAGGGUUACGUAGUUCUACACCAGGCGUAUCGCAACGGAAGGAAAUCCCUGGCAACGGUUCACAGAAGGCGGUGAUCAAAUCACAAGAGAAAGGGUUCAAAGGUCGGUUCACCUGCUAUCUGGAGCUUCGUGGUCGAGUUGGAUGUAACUAUACAAACUGUGACGACGACAGUCAAGAGUUGAGUGAAAUAAUUACAUUUCUGCAGGGAAAGAAUGUCGCAGGAGCCAACGAUUUUACAGUCAUGGGCGACAAAGUUUAUUGGAGGGUAGAGGGUAAUGUGGAUCACAGUGCCACCUGCUCAGGCAAAGAUCUGGAACUCAAAUUUAAGUAAUUGAAGCAUGGAAGCACCCAACAUUGGAUUUUUAUUUUUUUAUUUGCUGAAGUUUUGUUAAUUUGUGUCUGUUUAUUGUUUUAUCCUGCUGGCUUUUUGAAAGCUUUUAAGUUGUGUUAAUUUGUAUUUUUUGUUUAUCAUAAUAUUAGACGAUUUGAAAGCAAUGGUUUAUUAAUUUGAAUAUGUUUAUUGUUUUGUCCUGUUUUUAGACUUUUUUAACGCAUUGAAGUUUUAUUAAUUUAUAUUUCUUUAUUGUUUUAUCCUGAUAUUAGACUUUUUGAAAGGAAUGAAGUUUUGUUAAUUUGUAUCUGUUUAUUGUUUAUCCUGAUAUUAGAUAUUUUGAAAGCAUUGAAGUAUUUUAAAUUUAUAUCUGUUUAUUAUUUUAUCCUGCUAUUUUAAUACUCUAUAAUUUGUAACAGUAACGCCGUAAUACUCUGUAUUUUGAUUUCUAAAUUUAGUUUGAACAUUCUUUUAACUCAACGAAGUUCGCCACAAAGACAAAAUAAUCAAAACCUGUAGUAAGAUUUUAUUUUGGCCUUGUACUUCUAAAAUAGGUUCUCCCCAGAUUUAGUUUUAAAUCGCUAUGGUCAAUAACAAUCCGUAGCUUAAGCCUAAUCCUAGUCCUAUAUCUUGACUAGUCAAUAGUCUAGCCCUACAUCUAAAUCUUUACCAAAAUCUUGUUUCUGGUCCAACAGAAAAAUACUCAGUAUUAAAACUUAUUCUUUAACAAAUUGGGAUAGGCUUAUACUUGAUAUGUAUUAGCCUAACCAUAAGGUAGUGAAAUAUUAAUACUCUUUUUAUAAUAACCAAGUUUAUGAGAGCUGAACAUAGCAACAAAGUUAAUCGCAAAAUGCUCUCUAACUAGCAACAUACAACUAUACAUAAACUCUGAUCAUACCAUUUAAUAUAAUAAAUCAAACGCUACAUUUGACUGCCAAACUAUUUUGCUACAAAUAUUUAGCAGUUUUUUUGCUGAGAUUAAUGUGUGAAUUAGUCAGGUUUUAAAGAAUUUUUUUGUCAUUUUUAAAAAAUAUAUUUGUAAAAAAAAUUGAUAUUAUUUUUUAGCUGCGGAAUAAAAACGUAAAAGUAGAAUUUAAAAAUUACUCAACCAACCAUUUCUGAAGACUCUAUUUUACAAAGAAUUCUUCAUAAAUGGUUAGGUUUUAUAUCCAGUUUAUCUUUGACCUGUUGAUUACAAACAUUUUUUACUAAACAUUCACAUAUUUUAAUAGUCACUAAAACGUAAGCUUGUCAGAGAAUAUAACGUUAUUCUACAUAAUUUGUUUUUAAACUGGUUUGUUAAUUGAGAAAACUAUAUGUUCGACUGCUUAUUAAUUAAAAAGUAACUUCACAAAAGAACUUACACUGCCCAUCUGACAUUGAACAUAAGCCUUCGAAAUGUCACAUCUAUAUUUUUAUUAGUAUUAAGUCAUUUGCCAUAUAUUUUUUAAUUUAACCAUUAGAAAUAUACUUGUCAUAAAAUGCUUUACAGCAUACUUUAUUUGAAUGUUCUUUAAACUACUGUUUUUUUUUCUAAUUCGUUUGUCUUAUACUUUUUUUUAAUUGAACCAUUAAAAAUAUAUUUUUAUACAAUGAUUUAUAGCAUACUAUAUGCUUUAUAUUUUAUUUCUAAGUUGUUUGCCAUAUGAUAUGUAUACAACUGAAAGUGUAAUAAUCCCAUUUCCUGUAAUUAAACAUUACUUUGUGUAGAAAACUAAAAGAACAAAAACAAUUGCAAACUGAUUUUGAAGAUUGAAUAGUAUUUUUGGAUCGAUCUUAUAUGGGAGUUCUUUUAAAUAGGAUUCUUCUGUAGCUUGUAGUUUUUUUUUAAUUUUAAAAAUUGCACUCAUGCUACUACAUGUUUACCAUUUUAUAUUAUUUUAGUUUCGCUUUAUUUUGUGUACAUUCAAAUGCCAUAAUUUGCUGCUUUGAUUGCUAAACUGCUGCUCUUUUUAUACAAUAAAGUUCAUAUAGUCA